GGUAUCCGGCCGUACAGGUGUGAUCUGUGUGAGAAGGCGUUCACACAGCGCUGCUCUCUGGAGUCUCACCUGCGUAAGAUCCACGGUGUGCAGCAGCAGUACGCGUACCGCCAGCGCCGCUCCAAGAUCUUCGUGUGUGAGGACUGCGGCUUCACCUCCAGCCGACCCGACCAGUACUUCCUGCACGUGCGGCAGCAGCACCCCGGCAGCCCCGCUCUGCGCAGAUACUACCGAAAACACAUGCUGGAGGGCCCCGGACCCCAUAACAUCAGCCCCUACAUGCUGUAUCCCAGCGCAGGACUCUACAUAUGACCAGCGCUGCGCUGAUAGCCUGCUUUAAAUGCAGUUUUUGUUUCUAGUUUUAAUAUUUAAAGAACUCCACAUAUGAUCAACAGUGCACUGAUAACACACACUUGUAAGUUUUUGUCUUGUUUCUACAAAUAUCAUCACAAAUAAAGAGCUCCAGAAACUCUAUAA